AUGCCGCAGGUGUCGAUUGCGUUGAACGCUGAGACAUCAGGAGGCCUCCUCUCGCUUGGCGCAUCUAGGCGUCUCGCGAUGGAGAGGCAGAUCCGGCCCGAGGAGGAACUGGUUGGUGGGAACGACGAGAUUCUGCCUUGCUAUGGGCGGUGCCGAAGACGGAACAUGGAGGGGGGAGGCGCAUGCGGAUGGACGGACGCGGGAAGGGAUCGAACACCCGCAAACACUGCUUCGGCUAAGCCGCUCUGGGCGACCUCAUGGACCAUGCGACCUCAGUCAAGGGUUGUGAUUCGUGGCGAUACGAUAUCCUACGGCAGCUCCCCUUUCCCGGGCCUCUCCUUUCUGUCUCGGCAAUUGCAUAAUUGGCAGAGUUACGAGGGACCGGUGAAUCAAUGUCUCGUCCUCUCUGCCACCCGCGACCCCCGCACCCCCCGGGAACCGCAUACGACGAGGCGUUUCACGACUGAGCACGGCACGGCUGAGCACGUUUCUUGCGAACCCGCUGGGAUGGUGGAGCGGAGGGGAGAGUGGAGGGCCGGGUCCAGGCUCCAUGCUGAUUCUGAAGUCGAGUCCGCCUUUCUCCGCGCAUGCAAAUAUAUUUCUCUCGUUCCCCGACGCCUCAGCACGGGUCCCGAGCCUGAAAGCCAUGGCCUUUGGGUUCGAGAUGGGGACCCCUCUGCAGCGAUCUUUGGGUCUCCUUUGCACCCACCGCUGCCGCAGGAUGCGCACGAUCCUCAUUGCCGUAGUGCUGGAAAGUCACAGGCGGAUGCUAUCCUGAUCUCAAGCGAUGACGAGUUUGAUGAUCUUGGUGGCCGAUCCGACACAUCUCUUAAGUCGCUCGACGGGCUUCUACCAGAUGCACGCAACAAGGUUAAAUCCGGCCGUGUUACUGGUACAGGCAAAGGUGUCGACGCUGCUUCCGUCGAUAGCGACGCGCCGGAGCUCUCGGUUACCAGCAUGGCUGGCCUAGAAUCGCCUGCCUCGCCUAUAGCUCUGCACGCUAAGCAGGACCGACCAGUUCCGGCAUCCCCGGCAUCCCCGGCAUCCCGCCGUACGCUCGUGUGCGCGGGGUUGUCUUGUCGUCAGGGUGACGGAUGUGCCAGGCACCCGAACCUGUCUGCAUCUUACCGUCGGCUUCGAAAUGCCAAGUCGUCCAAGGCCAAGGCGGACAACGAGGGUAGCGAGGGUGACGAGCCCGAGCCGGUCGAUGCUGGACUGCCCCUGCAGCCGCCCUACAGCCAAGACCGGAUCGACUUUCGGCGCGAUGUUGGUGGACAAUGCAAUACCAAUCUCGAAGCGGACCACCGCCUUACCUGUCCUCCGGUUCUAGAUGACAGAGGAAAGCAGAAUGGGAUGUGUCCUGCCGUGCCGCCGCAGGUGGAACUGCUCCCCUAUUGUAAGGAAGUGACCGCCCAAGCAAAGCAAGGAAUAAGGAUGGUUCGUCCCGGUCGCGCCACUGAAGGGAAGCUGCCUGCAAGGGUAAACACUUGGUUCCUACAACCUGCCGAACAGCACUCAAGCGGCAGAACACGUCUGCGUUGCACCAGCUCCCAAUCACUACAGGCUCAACAACCACCAACCCAAGGCCCAAAGCGCCGCCAAAGCCAGCGUAGCAUUUCCAAACCGCAAUCUUCGGGAGGGCCCGCUUUAGAAGAGAAGACAGACGAGGCUGCUCUUGCAAGCUUUGAGGAAUGGCCACUCGAAGCCGUCCUCAAGCGCGUUUUGGUGGAUGGGGCAGCGACUUUUCAGGUAGAGUUCACGUGGAACCCUUGUGCAAAUCAUGGACGAAAUGACCACCCAUCCGAAACCCAGCGGCGCAAGUCACCGGCAGGGAGGACUUCCUCGACGGCGCGUGCUCUCCCUUCAAGAGUUGCUUCGAUGACUGAGGAGGUUCAAGGCGAAGAGUAUUUUAAGGUCGAGGAUAUUCAAGACCGGCGACGGGGAGAAGACGGGUGGGAGUAUCUGGUCAAGUGGGCAGGGUAUAGACAUAAGCACAAUACUUGGGAACCCGCUGCGCAUUUCGAGCAAUGUCCUGAGAUCCUGCAGGAGUUCCACCAGAGGAAGGGAUUGCCUACAACCUCUUGA